CGGACAAGGAACGGUAGUGAAUGGUAAAAUUGUGUUCGUUGUGAAAAACUUUUAUUGUAAAUAAAUUUUCUAGUGAUAAUUUGUAUUAAAACUAUGAAAUAAUAUAAAGUAUAUAACAGUAUUAAAGUGUGCAAUGUAUAAAAGGCGUCCAGAAGUCAGUUGCUUGCUUGAAAAAUGCAAAUGAAAAAGUGAUUAAUGGUUGGCUAUUGCGGAAAACGCAAAAGGACCACAGGAAUAGUAAAGUAGAAAAAGAAAUUGUAAAAUGAUUGUUUAAGAGGAGUGUGGGAAGUAAGGGUUGAAAGAAUGUGUCAAUAAAAGGUGGUCGAAAAGAAGCGCUAAUAAAGCGAAUAGUGUGGAGUUGGAUAGGAUAAGAGGAAUGUGAAUAAAGCAAAUGGCAUACAAAACGAACGAACAAAGCUAAAAUAGACCGUAGACGCGAAAUGCGAAAAGAAAAAUAUGAAAAUUAGAAACGGGUUGCAAAAGCAGGUUGAUUUAUUAGAUUAGUAAUAAAAUAUGCAAAGAGGGUUACAGAUUUGUAAAAAAAAAUAUUGGGUGCAAUACUAUAAUUUUGAUGUAUAGAUGAUUUAUAUAUUUGAUGACAACCUUCAAUUACUGAAGAAAGUAGACAUAAAUACUAAUUGACAGAUAUUCUUAAUUGUAAUUAAGUAAAUAUUGUUCUAAUUAUACAAACUAUAUUUUACGAUUUACUACAAAUUUCUUAUUCCGAUCCACAAGAAGAAAUCAAACAUAUCUCGUUUUUAGCCACUGUGAUUAGAAACAUUUAUUUUUGCAUUGCAUUUAAUAUUAAAGUACUUAAAAAUGCAGACCUGUUUUCUACGAAUGGAGCAGGCAAAAUAGAAUAAGCAAACGUAAAGAGAAAAUCAAACUCGUUGAGGGGGCGCAGCGAAAAUUCGGACAGAACAAUGCAAGGAGGACGAAAAAACGCAGUGAAAAGUAAAGCGCACGGAAAAUUUUCAAUUCAUAAAAAAACUGCUCAUUAAAAAUAAGGCAAUACAAGUGAUAAAGUGUACCAAGUGCAAACUAAUUAAAAACUACGUUGUGAAUUAUUGAAGUACGAAAGAAUUUUAUAAAUUUUGUAUGAAAAACUAACUUGCUAAAAAAAAUUUCCCACACGCGCACACAACCAAACGCACACACACGCGGAUACCGCACAAAAUCUCAAACAAAAAGGAAAUCAAUAAACGCAAGAAGGCAAGAAGCGGACCGUAGUAGAAGCACAAGUGGAAGUGGAAUUUAAAAGAAGAAGCAAAGGAAAAGGUGAAGGUGAAUUGAGUGCGCGAAAGUCGGAAAGAAAAAAUGAAUCGUAAUAAAAUGAUGUGAAAAUGCGGGACAUUAAAAAAUUUCAGCGUGGAGGCUGAGAACUGCAAGCAACUCUCGACUGAUUGACAAGAAAAUCAAGAGACAGACGAAUUGGAGAAAUAUAUGAUUGUCUUGCCAGUGAUUGUAAAAGUAGUUUGCAUAAAUAAUUAGAAAACAAAUAACGAAAAAAAGGUUGAUUUUAUUUGCAUUGUAGUUUAAUAGUUAAACGGUAGUAAAAAAGAAAUUCCAAUUUAACAAAGGAUGGAAAUGGCCAGCAGCGCCGCAAAUGGGUCUGGCAGCACAACUUCUCACAGUGGUGUCGUGGGCAAUACUUUGCCAUCUCUCUUUGUCAGUGAUCACAAUGGCGGUAGCUCAUUAGUUAAUAGCAAGGAUUUAGAUGGUCUAAUUGCUAUGAACGAUAGCGCACUUUCACAACAAAUCGAAUUUAUACUGCAAGAAGCUCCCAUGGAGCAUGACGACAAUGAUAUUAAUGAUCAUUUAGAUAAUGAAAGAUCUGCGAAUAUAGAAACAGUCAGCAGCGUUAACUCUAACCCUACCAUUAAACUACAAAACCCACCGAAUAUAAUAGUAACAAGCGCUUCCGAGUUCCCAAGAGCACAUGUGACCAGUGACGGUGCGGCGACGAUUGCAGCAACACAAGCAAUGGCGCAACAUCAUUUAUUGAAUGGUCGUCGGAUCAUAAUACAAACUACACAAACUUCAAAUAUGAUUAAAGAGGAGGAAGCGGAUCCAGAAUUAAACGAUGAAAAUUUACAAGAUAUUGAAGAAGAGGAACAAGCUGCUGAAGCUGAAGAAAAUCAAAUGCAACUCCAGCAUUCAGAUAUCAAAAUGGAGCAAGAUGAUAAUGUCGAACAAGAAUUUAUUAGAACUGGUAUAAAUUAUAUAAGUACGCCCACGAUAACUGCACACCAUACUCAGCUGCAUGGCGCACAACCACAACAAAUAGUUUUGCCGGCCGGCUCAAUAGUCGGCACAACAACGACUGGGCGCACUUUGACAGUGCCAGUUUCCGAGGCAUUGGCUCAACUGCAACGUCGACCGGUAUAUAUAAGUAAUGCCAUGGGCGGCAUGACUGGCGCUACAUUCGUACGCAUGCCAGCUGUGAUAAGUCGCAGUCCAAUGACUGUGUUAAAUGUAGUACAACAGGGUGUACCCGGUAGCGGACCAACACAGCUUAUCCUACAGGCGACACCGGUAUCCAACACAGGCACACAAAUGACGGUGGUCACAUCUAGUCCAUCGGCAGCAAACACUAUGCCCACAUUACCACCAGUAUCGACUGGAAUCACAGAAGCAGUUGCAGUCACUUCCACACCGCCAACAAUAAUGCCGGCCCUAACAGCAACACCAACACAAUCUAUAUCCCCAUCGACUGCAUCAUCAUCGCCAUUAUCGUCUUCUGGUCAUGUUGCGUCUUCCACAGUGGUAGCCACUACUGCUGCUGCUGCUGCGACGACAUCGUCAGCGGCCAAGAGUAGUACAACAACACAAGCCACCACAAAUGGUAGCGCGAAUACCAACUCGACUUCCAGUGGCACCACAACCGGAAAUUAUCAAUGUUUCUCCUGUGUGGAAGAGUUCGAAUCCAAAGAACUGUACGACAUACAUUGCUCAGGCCACGCCAACAACAUGAAAUGCGCUAUAUGCAAUAUGGUGCUAAAGUCACUCAAAAACUACGAGAAACAUUGUUUACGCUGCAAGCCGUACGAGUGUCAGAUAUGUGGACGUGUUGUGCGUUUCCGGCCGAAUUUCAUUAAACACAUGCGUGUGCACACGGGUCAGCAAUCCGAACGGCACAAAUACAAAUGCGACGUUUGUCACAAGGAAUUCAUGAGUUUCGAAUAUUUCAAGGUGCACAAAAAGAUACACAAUGAGAAUGUGAAUUUGACUUGUGAGAUUUGUGGUAAAGUAUUUAGUGCGUUGGCGUCACUGCGUGGCCACUCCAAAUUGCAUUCGGGCGUCAAAUUGCACAAAUGUGAUGUGUGUGGCAAAGGUUUCGGUCAGCGCUACAAUUUGAAAAUACACGCACGCACACACACCGGCGACUUUCCGUUCGAGUGCAAAGUGUGCAAGAAGAAAUUGCACACACAAUCUUCCCUACAAACACAUAUGCAAGUGCAUCAACGCGAUCAGAACUCGCAAGCCACCAACACGGGCAAAAACGAAAAAAAUGCGGCGUCCAACUCCACAGCGUCGACAUCAGCAGCGACGACUGCUACAAUUGUAAAGCUGGAGUCACAGCCGAAGGAUGAUGGACCCAGCACCAGUGGCAUGCAACGUCACUUGCAAAAGCAGCUGCUUGAAGAUAUGGACGAUGACAACUCGGGAAUGAGUGAUAGCAUGCAAGGCGUUGGCAAUAUCAGUCGUAUUGUAUCCACAUCGUCUUUGAGCACUGUUGGUGUUGGCGCACAUAAUAUGCAAACAACCACAGCUGAGGAUUCCUCAAAUGAAUCUUCGAAUGCAUCGCACGAACUAAAACAACAACAAUUGCGACAACAACCACUGCUGGUCACACCCACACGCACCAUUGUCAUCAAGAACUACAUGCAGAAUGAGCAGAGUGUGGGACUGGCACAGCCACAAUCGCAACAUCAAACUAAUGUCAUACAGAGUAAUAACCAAAGUGGCAGUAGUACGCUGCAACAACAAUUGCUGCGUAAAACGCCCAUCAUACAUUCUACAGGUGGCGCUGGUACGCUCUCCUCCGCUUUGGCGAGCGUGGUGCAGCAAAUCGGCACCUCUCCCUCGCCAUCGCCCUCCUCCUCGUCGACAUCAUGUUCCUCGUCAGUGGUUGUCUCGAAAUCUGGUGCACCACUUUCGCUCGCCUCCACCGCCAUUGGCACCUCCACCAUACGCAGUACACGCAAUCACUUGUCGCCAUUCAAUUCGUCGCUAACUUCGUCGAGCAGUCAGCACCACCACCGUGCGUUACAGCGCAAUAAUAACCACCGAAAUCAUAAUAACAACAACAACCACCGGCGUCGACAUCCAACCCAUUUGGACGAUGAUGACGAUGACGAUUUGGAUGAUUUUGUCGAUUCGACACAUUCGCAUCAUCGUACGUCGUCGUUGCGUGUGAAUGGUCAGCAUUUUGAUGAUGACGACGACGAUGAGAAAUCCUCCCCGUCCUUGGCCACAGCGGCCAUUAUCAAAGUCGAACCGAAUCUGUAUUCAUCCGGUUCGGGUGACAAUUCAAAUGAAAUGCUCAUUAAGGAAGAGGUGAUGUUCGAGGAUUCGGCACAUCAUUCGCCACACUCGCCGCCAAGUUCGAAAUUUCGCAUGUCGAAUUUCGAUAGUGAUUUGGAUCAACAUGUCGAUUUGAAUCACACGCUGCCGCCAUAUGGAAAUCUCUUUGACCCGCAUUCCAUACCCGAUACCAUUCCAGUGCAAUUGUAUCCGGACGAUGAUGAUGAUUUCCGGCUGGAUCACAGCUCAUUGGGACCGUUGCAUCAGACGUCGUCGUCCACCACCGAUGGUGAUUUUAUUAAGAAGGAAUGGGUGUACGGCGCUGGUUCCAGUUACACGAUGAACGGCAAGUUCGGUGAUGAUAGCGAUGCGCUCUGUGACUCGGCGAAUUUCAUUUACGACUGAACAGGAGCAGCAGCGUCACAUUUGAGCAGCUGAGUGAGCAGUAGUGUGAUUAUCAGCAUGAAACGAAGUGAGAUUGUGAGUGCACCGCGUACAUAUUAUGGAUGCAUAUGCAAAUCGAAAAAUUACACAAACAUAUAUAUAUAUAUAUAUAAAUAUAUAAAUUGAUACGAGUGCCGACCAGAAGGAAGCAAUGAAAAAUGUUGCGUACAACAAAUGCCAAUAUUAGCAAGUAUUUUUUUUCUGUCUGUAUUGUUAAACGAAAUUAAGCUAGAAAUUCUUAAACCCCCCUAAAAAACAAAAACAAAAACACUCAAUGUAAUGGAAAAUAUUGUUAUUUUAGUGUUAACCAACACUAAAAAAACCCAAUUGGAUGUUAAAUAAUUCGAAAGUAACCAAAACAAAAGCAAAACAAAUUCGUAGUAGUGAAUACGCGCGCAAAUGUAGGCAAUGCAAUCAGUAGUUAUAAUAAUAUUACAUAUAUACACACUUACAUAUAUGUAUCUGGAUAUGAGUAGUUGUGUCUGUGUGUGUGUUUGUAUAAUUGCUCACCAGCGCGUACUUGACUGACCGUAAGGAACUGCUGCAGGAAGUGGCUUCUUCCAUGACACUUGUUUCGCAAUCUCAAAAAACAAAAAACACACUAUCUCUCUUUCUAAUACACACACACUCUCUCUCUCUCUCUCUCUUUCGCUCUCGCUCUAACUCAAACUGUUUUUUGGCUAGCACAAAUGAUUUUUAGUUUUUAGUGUUAAUUGAAAGCAAGCAACAAGCGUACAUAUAAAACAUAUUUAAAAAAAAUCUAGCUAAUAAGUGUAUAAGUAAUUAAUGAUGCUCUAAUUAACGCAAUUUAAAUGUGUGUAAAUAUUAUUAUUGCAAAGUAAUUAUUAUUUUUUCCAUUAAUAUUUUACUAAUUUAUUUCGUUUGAAGUUGUUCGAUUCGAUUUCAAUUUGUGUGUUGUGUUGUGCGUAAAAAGUGUAAGUGUAAAAUUUUAACAAAAAAAAAAAGUUGCUAACAUUUUCGAAAACAAAAUCUAUACUUUUAUUGAUGUUGUUGUCGGCAUUUAGAUUUGUUUCUGGGUUGUUGCCUAAUGAAUGCAUGCAUUAUAGAAAAAACAUGAUGCUAUACAGCGUUUCCGGCGAAGAAAAAACAAGCAAUAAAAACUAAAAAAAAAAAAAAAAUUGUAAAAAAAAUUUGGUUGCCUACUUUUCUGCGCCGAACGGAUUUUCGAAAAUUCUAAACAGUUUAUUUUGCACAGUUUUUGCAUUAAUUUUGACUUCACUUGUUGCAGCGGCACAUUUUCAAAUAUUUUUGAAAUUUAAAUUUUCGAAAUUUGAAAUUUUCGAAAAAAAAACUUUUGUUUCAAGCUUUAUGCGAUUAUUGCAUUAAUUUUGACUUCACUUGCCGCAGAAAUAUUUCAAAUAUUUUUGAAAUCUAAAUUUUCGAAAUUUGAAAUUUUCGAAAAAAACUUUUUUUUCGUUCUUUAGUUCAUAUUUAAAUAUUUUUACUAAGAUUUCAAAGCUUUUAGUAUUUUCAAAAAUUGUUUAAGCAUUAUUUUCGCAUGCUGCAUGUUGUGUAUUUAAACAUAUUUCAAAAUCUUUUAAAACAGCAACAAAUUACAAACAAAAAACUAUCAAAACAUGUUAUAUAUUUGUCUGAGCAUGAAAAAAAUUCUGAAAUUCAAGCAAAUUUCGUGAAAACUAAAAAUUAAAAAAAAAUAUUGUGUGUUGCUCUUGCUAUCCCUUGAAGCAAAAAUCAUUAAUAAUUAUUGGUAAAAAAAAAAUAAACUAAAAAAAAUAAUAAUAUUGUAUAUUGAAAAUAUACAUGCGGGCAUACUUGAAAAUAAAAAUGAAUUUAGUGAAAUUUUGUGCAACAUUUGCACAAACACACACACAUACACAUUCGCGCAUGUUUAAUUUUUCAUUAGUAUUAGUUGCAAGCAUGCGUAUAUUGAACAAAAUACUAUAAUAAAUUAAAUGUAGUAAAAUUAGUAAAAAAUAAAGAUAAAAGAGGAGGAAAAUAAUUCCAAAAGUUAGCAUAACGGUACUAAAUCAUUUUAAAGGUUACUAAUUCUACCCCACAGUGACUUAAGAGUCCAAUAUCCUUCAAAUCAGUUACAUAAACCAAUAAAUUGCACGAAUUUCGAAUUUUAUUUCCUCGAAUUUACGAAUUAAUUCCUCUUAACAGUGCAUUCCAUUAUUUUAUUGCACUUUCGUUAAAAAAAAUUUAAUUUAAAUUAUUUAAAAAACAAAUUAGAAAAAAGUGUAAAAUUUUUUUAUAAUGUCAAAUGAAACGCGUUUCUUCGAUAUCAUGAUUGUUAGAAAAUCGCUUACAUUUCGCACUCGUUUUUAUGCUGCCUGUAUUCAUUUAGCAACAACAGAAACAAAAGCAAAGUUUUUAACGAAACAUUUGUCGACGAAAACAAAAAAGCAGACAAAAUAAUAAAAGUAAAUGUGAAUGCGCAAUACAAAUUAACAAAAGGUUGCUAUUUAUUUGAUUUUAAAAUCUUAAUUUCAUUUAAAAAAUGUAUAUAAAAAAAAUUUAUUUAAAAACUAUAUAAAAAAAAUUAUUUAAAAAAUUUUUAAAUUAAAAAAUUCAUAUAUUUUUUAAUAAAAAAAUUUUGCAAUCAAAUAAUUUUUUGUUUAAAAAAUUGUAUAUAUUUUUUUCUUACUAAUAUGUUACACAAAAAUAAUUCCACAAAUUUUUAUUUUUUCAACUCUCAAAAGGUGUUACAUUUGUAUUUAAUAAGUUUAAAUAAUUGUACAUAUAUUUUUUUAUUAAAAUUAAAUAAUUUUCUAAAAAAAAAAUUCUGUAAUUCUAAUAAAUUUUUUUUUUUUAAUUUUCUUUCUUGCUUUUCAAAUCAAAAUAUUUUUCUAUAUUUUUUCUUUAAUUUUAAUUAAAAAAUAUUUUUCUUUAAUAUUUUUUUCUUAAAAUUUAUUAAUCUUAACCUUAAACACAACUCUGACUUCCGUACUUUGAUCGAAUAAGUUGAUGCUUCAUUUGUUUUAUCGCCGGCUUUUUGCUUUUUACCUAUGUUAUUAUGUUCACACCUAAACCAAAGAUACGAAAUGUUCGUUAACAUUACUGUUUUGUACUCUGUAUGCGCACAAACAUACAUAUUUA